CAAUUUGCGGCCGGUGACGUGGAGGCGUGGCUCGAUGAGUUCGACGGAAUUGCGGCUUGCGCGGGUGUGAGGGGGGAUGCAAAUUUGCUAAUUGCUUUGGGCACACGGUUGAGUGGACGAGCCAAGGCGGUGUAUUUGCUCACUCGAAAGGCCAAACCCGGUUGUUCGUUCGCUGAGAUGAGGGCUGCCUUGUGUGCAGAAUUUGGGAAGGAUCUGGAGAGAGAACGAGCACUGCAACGAUUUCACGCAGCCAGAUGGGACGAACAGGAGGAUUUGAUGGUGUUUUUCCAGCAGCUGGACAGACAUCUAACGAUUGGGCUCCCCGAGUUAGAGGGCAACGCAAGAGAGCGCCUACUGAAACAGCAGUUUAUCCGAAGUCUGCCCGGUCCACUCCAUGAUCAGGUGAAAUUGGCGUCGCUGGUGGGAGACAGCAAAGCGUUGGAUCUGGU